AUGGCGGAGGUGGCGCGGCUGCUGGGCGAGCCGCUGGAGGAGGAGGCCCCCGAGGGCAGGCCCCGCUCCCGCGCCGGCGGCCUGGCGGCGCUGCCCUACCUGCGCCUCCGCCACCCGCUCAGCGUCCUGGGCAUCAACUACCAGCAGUUCCUGCGCCACUACCUGGAGAACUACCCGAUCGCCCCGGGCCGCAUCCAGGAGCUGGAGGAGCGCCGCCGGCGCUUCGUGGAGGCCUGCCGCGCCCGGGAGGCGGCCUUCGACGUGGAGUACCUGCGCAACCCGCAGAGGGUGGAUUUCGACAUCCUCACCUUCACCAUAGCCCUGACCGCGUCGGAGGUGAUCAACCCCCUGAUAGAGGAACUGGGGUGCGACAGGUUCAUCCAGCGAGAGUGAGGGCCGCCGGGGCCCGGGGCGCCAGGGCCUCCCUCCGAGGCAAGCCCCGGCCUGCAGCCUGGUGUCCAGACGCCAGAAGGGCCCCGAGAGUAGAGCGGCCCUGGACGGGGGGAGAGGCGACCUCGUUGAGGCUCCUGUAACGCUUGGGUUUCCUGGGUCGCGGAAGACGUCUACCCGCGUGGCUUCGUCGGUACGUAAAGGGUGGCUUUGCAAAACCGGCUUGAGGAGAGUUUUCCUGAAGGAGGAUCAGCGUGAAGAGCGAACACUGACUUUAGGACGAAGUUUAUGUCCAGACCUUGACCUUGUCAGAACAUGCCUUCUCUUCAUGCCGGAGCCAGCGCGAGUGUAAGACUGAUUUCGUGUUUCCGAGUCACUGCGAAUGGCAAGCAGCAUAAAUAUUGUACAUAGUGUGUGAUAAAUUGUGUUCUCAAACAUGCCAGAUGGAAACAAACGGAAUUUGUUUUCCAGUUUUCAGACUUUUUUUUUUUUUUUUUUUUAGUUACACUCAUAUGUUCACAAUUCCCAAGAAUAUAAAGGACUGAAAGUCUCCGAUGCCUCCCAACUUGUGCCGGCACUAAGGCAGCCGCCGACGGCCGUCUCCUUCCUUGUUUCAUUAUGUAUACACAAUAUAUAUUUAUUUCUUUGCAAAGCUGA